AUGUCACUGCAAGCAGUACGUCUCUGCUGAGGAGCUCUGUGACCAGCUGUGCCUGCUGAGAGCCCCACGCAUCUCCCUGGCCUUUGGCACCCACAGGGAGCUGCUGCUGAGGGUGGGCGAGGGCCAAGUGAGGGAGGUUUCAAAUGUUCUGGGCCCUGAUGAGCACCUACAGAGCAGCCAAAGGGUGCAUUUGGUUCUGUUCAGCCCCCAGGGAGUGCUGGGUUUCAUUGUCUCCAGCACAGAAGUUCUGGAUGCAUUUCUCAUGGGAGAUUUUUCCUCAGAUCAGCUGCUGCAGAAAGGGCCCAGAGCCCAGAGGAGCUCCCCCAGAGAGAGCCAGGCCUUGCCCCUCAUCCCUAACCCAGUGGUGUGUCUGGAAGCAGGGGACACGAUCCUCUUCCAGCUCAGCAUCAAUUCCCAGGAGCGUGCCUCCAGCCAUUACCCCGUGUACCAGAAGCAGCAUCUCUACAACAACAACCCCGGCUGGGAUUUCGGACCCUUCCGAAGGCUGGACCACCUGAUCCAGGAGACCCAGCUCAACAUCUCCUGGUUUGCCCAUGUGUUCCUGGAGCCUGGCACAUUUGUUUUCAGGGACAGCUCCGUUCAGGAACGCUUCCUGAUUGUGACAGUGAAGGAGGCCAGCGUGAGCUGCGACCCCAGGGACGCCUCCUUCCAGCCCUCCUCCCUGUUCCAGCUGGCCAGACACGGCAUUUUGAAGCAGCAGCAUCAUCUGAACCUGGCUCCCAACUGGGCUGCUAUCACAGCAAUCCUUUUCAUCCUGGGCUUCCUCGUGCUGGUGCUCACCACCCUGGCCAUCGUGUUCCAGCCUGCUGGCCCCAAAAUCAGCCCCCUGCAGGGCUGGAAGCCACGCUGGAGGAGCCUGGGGGAGCCACACAUCCCACCAGAGUACAUCCUCCUUAAGGACAGGUAA